CUUACGACUUGCCGUAGAAAAGCGAAUCUCUCCUCGACCAGAAUGUCAUAUGUGAAACUGGUGUCGUUGUGCGCCGUAGCUCCGGGGCUGACGGGCCUAAUGUGCGGCUCCGCGGUUCUGGCUGCAUCCGAGGUGAAGAAGAAGAGCCCACAGCCGGUUCUGAUCCUCGAUGAGCUGCCGUCAUUAUACAACAUCCCUGAAGCAGAGCCUCAUGUGGAGCCAAUGGCCGGGCCCCUGGAGGAGAGCGUCGCCUCGCUGAGGAAGCUGGCAGAACCAUACACCAACCAGUGCCAGCAAACAGGUCACGUUGCAUUUGAAAAAGUGGAGCAAGUUUACAAGACUGUGGAGCCCACAAUCAGCUCCUCCAUAAAAACUGUCACAGAUGUGUACCAGUUCCUCAGUAACCCCCCUGCUGACCUCUACGACAGUGUGGCGGCCGUGGGCUUCUCUGGCAUCCUUGGACUUUUCUUGGCCAAAGGCUCCAGGGUGAAGCAGGUGGUGUUUCCUGUUGGACUCAUGGCUCUCAGCGCCUCCAUGUUCUACCCUCAGCAGGCUGCGUCCGUACUGAAGGGGGGUCGUGACUCGACGUACAGCUUGGCUCAGCGUGGCCGCGGCAACCUGGAGAAUCUCUGGAAAAAUCCUCCGUUUGGAAAAAAGAAGGAGAAAAAGGAGAAAACAGAGAGCAGCGACACAAGCUGAGAGACUCCACUUUCCAGUAACACACACACACACACCUGUACGACUCCUGUAUAUUAACUCUUAUUAUAAUUAUUCACUCAGACACACUCUCACACAGCCACUAAUCAGGACUUCAUUAUUUAUUUAAGUUGAACAUCUCCAAAACGUGUAAAGUGUGUUUCUGAACCCCCCCCCCCUUCCA